AACAAAUUUAUUUAAUAAAUUAUAAAUUGAUAAAAAUAAAUUUCGUUUGCCAUCACAUAGAAAAAGAAAUCAUAAAAAUAAUUAUAAAACAAAGAAAAUAAAAAAAGAAAAGCACACGCAAGCCGCAGACUCGGAAGUUUGGCUUUUUAGGCAUUGGCAGCAACCGCAACCAACUGCGGCAACAACAACACCAACACACCAACAACAACAACAACAACAACAGCAGCAGCAGCAUCAGCAACUACAACAAAUUCAUACAAGGUCAACGGAUUUAAUAUUUUUAAAUGGAAAUCAUUCCUGAAGGUAGACACUUUCGUUUGGCGCAUGAAUCAGAGCUUCCAGAAAUUUUGGUAACUUUAGAACGCUAUCUGCCGGAAUCAUUAAAGUUUCAUCAAACCAUUAAAACGUACCUGAAUGAUCGUAUUUGGGAUUUUAAAUUUUAUGUUGCUAAAGAUUGGCCCGAAAAACCAAUAAUACUCCAUUUUCCAGGAUGCACGCUUACGCCGCACAACAAUAUAUACCAAACAUUUGGCAUAUUUUGUCCAUCCGCACAAGUCGAACAUGUCGAUCUGAUGCGCACCGAAGAUGUACUUAUAAAUUGGCAGAAGCCAUUGUACCUGAACUUUACGCACAUCGCUAUUAUGAAUCGCCUGGAUGAUUUCUAUUCGAAAAUGGGUCUGAUGGAGCGACUAAGUGGUGAUAUCUAUGUAUGCAACAAACUCAAUACGGAACUGGAGCUAGACCCAUUGCCAGACGAUGCGGAGAUGCGACUGCUGACAUUGGAUAACGUUCAGGGCAUAUACGAUCUAUAUCCGGCCAAUGAGAUUGAAUGUGUCAAGCUAUUCGAUAUACUCGUCCGUGUCCUGCCCGGUCUGGGUAUCUUUCGCAAGGAUACCAACGAGCUGGCCGCAUGGAUGGUCCAAUCUUACUAUGGCGCUAUGUUCUCGAUGCAAACAUGUCCAAAUUAUCGACGCAUGGGUUAUGGCAUUCGUCUGGCCAAGGCAUUGACUCAGCUCGUGAUCGAGCGGGGAUAUACACCCUUCGUUGUUAUACGUCCACAGAAUGAUGCGUCCCGUAACCUGUAUACGAAACUGGGCUACGUGAAGGCAUACGAGACAUGCCGGGUGCGCAUGACACCGGAUUGCUAUGAGGAUAGCACCGUUGGCACCAUUCCCAACACAUCGUAUGCCAAGUUUCCGCCACUACCUCAGGGCGAGUGUGUUGUUGUCAAUGUUGUCAAUGUUGUUGUCGCAAUGCGAAAGCAUGUGCCCGGCGAGAGCCAGACGGUGGACGAUGAGGGCAUCGAGGAUAUGUUGGCUGACAAAUGUGAUAUCAGCAACGAAGAGGCUAGAGAGCGUAAGACAACAACUGAUGAGGGCAUCGGGGAGGAUAAGUAGAUGGUGGCUCCAAGAGCCAUCAAAUCAGAGAGUUACAGAUUGAAUUUGGAAGCGCUACACAUACAUAUAUACACAUGCAUAGACUACACACACACUCACACACCCAAAUAUGCAUGUAUAUAUGUAUUGUGUAAGUUGUAAGCACCUAGAACUAGGCACACCUUUUAGGAGGAGGAGGGGAGAAGUGGAACUAUACUAUUCCUUUGUAGUAUGGCUCAAAACUCGAUUGUCGGACGUCGAUUGUACUUAUUCAUAUAAGACAAAAAGCAAAAAAAAACCAAAACAAAAAAAAAACAUAGCAAGGCACAAGUGGCGUUAAUUUUUUAACAAUUAUAUAAAAUAAAAGAAAAAAAGAAAAUCUAAGAAAAACAAAAGUAUAUCUACAUAGUAUUUACAUAUAUGUAUGUACGAGUAUAUUUAUAGAUGGUAUAUGAAGCUUCCUCACACACACAAACAAAAAUAAGCGCAGCGUGUUUUCGAUAAAACGAAACAAAUGCUAAAAUCGAAUGAUGAAUGUUAGUCAGAAAUGAUUUAUUUUAUAUACAUAACGAACUAAACAAAAAAAAAAAAAAAAAAACAAGAGCAGAAACGGAAAAAAGACAGAGGAAAACAACGUAAAAGGUACUUAACAAUAAUUAAUGGAACACGCUGUUUAGGAAGGUCAGAUUUUUAGAAAUUUAACAAAAUGAAAACUUUUUAAUUUUUUGCUAAAAAUGCUUUUACAAAAAUGAAAUCCAACAACAAUUGUAAUGAAAAAGGCUCAGUGCGGACAACAGGAGCGUAUAAAUUUACUAUAAAAAACUAUUACACACUAAAAAAAAAGCAUAUAUA